UCCACAGAGACACACUCACACACACACACCUAUUUUUUCCACCAAAAUCAAUCCUUUAUUACACACACACACACUACUGCCUCAUCCGCACACAACAGAGUGACACACGCUCUCACUCUCUCUCUAUCAAUUCAAGACUCAAUCGGUCCUAUCCAGCUAAAUUGCAGUUCAGCAUUAGCUUACAUUGCUCGCCAAGGAUUGGAUUAGGUGCAUCUGAUUGAGAGUUUGGGCUCAGAAAAGCAAGAAUCUGCAGCUGCAUUAAGGCAUUUGGAGCUAAAUCGCCAGGGGUUUUAAUUGUGAUUUUUGCACAGAUUUUGAUUUUGGGGAAAAAAGGAAAAUUGCUGGCGGUUUGGAGAAAUCCCAGCUGUUUUCCCCGCCACAGGGGAUUAAAUAUCUGAAGUGGCUUUAAAAAAGUUGGGAUUUUUGUUUGUGGGAAUGGCGAUGAACACAGGAGGAAGGCUUGUUGCUGGUUCUCACAAUAGAAAUGAGUUUGUACUGAUUAAUGCUGAUGAAAUUGGGAGAAUUAAGGCUGUUCACGAACUAAGUGGGCAAACAUGCCAAAUUUGUGCGGAUGAACUGGAGAUAAUAAAUGAGGAACCUUUUGUUGCAUGCAAUGAAUGCGCUUUCCCCGUUUGUAGAAUUUGCUAUGAGUAUGAGAGGAAAGAGGGCACACAGGCCUGUCCUCAAUGCAAGACCAGAUAUAAGCGCAUCAAAGGUUUUGCUAGAGUCGAGGGUGAUGAGGAUGAAGAUGGUAUUGAUGAUUUGGAAAACGAAUUUGAUUAUGUAAAGAGUGAGCCUGUGGGCUUUACCCAAAAUGGUGGUGCGGUAGGAUCCGUCUAUGGUGGUUUAUCUGGAUCAGCCACUAUGCCAGGACAUGAUUCAUCUCAGGGUAUCGAUAUCCCACUUUUGACAAAUGGUGAAGAGUGUGCCGAGAUUGCACAUGAUCAGAGUGCUAUAAUAGUACCCCUGUUUGCCAGUAACGUGAAUGGAAUUCAUGCAACUCCUCCUGGUACAACAGCACCUCCAGUGCAUCCCCGUCCUAUGGUCCCCGAAAAAGAUCUUGCGGUAUAUGGCUAUGGAAGUGUUGCGUGGAAGGAUCGUAUGGAGGAAUGGAGGAGAAGGCAAAAUGAAAAACUUCAAGUGGUGAAACAUCAAGGGACCAAUGACGAUGACUUUGAUGGGGGUGAUUUUGGUGCAGAUUUGCCUAUGAUGGAUGAAGGGAGGCAGCCACUUUCGAGGAAACUGCCCAUUGCUUCAAGCAGGAUAAAUCCAUACCGGAUGGUAAUUAUUCUGCGUCUUGCGGUUCUUGCCUUGUUUUUUCACUAUAGGAUUCUCCAUCCCGUUCCUGGCGCAUAUAGCUUGUGGAUGACAUCAGUAAUCUGUGAGAUAUGGUUUGCUACAUCAUGGAUACUUGAUCAGUUCCCCAAGUGGUAUCCCAUUGAGCGAGAAACGUACCUUGAUCGACUAUCUCUUAGGUAUGAAAAAGAAGGAAAGCCCUCGGAAUUAGCAGACGUCGACGUCUUUGUCAGCACAGUAGAUCCCAUGAAAGAACCUCCUUUAAUCACGGCAAACACAGUUCUCUCCAUCCUUGCUUCGGAUUAUCCAGUUGACAAAGUAUCAUGCUACGUGUCAGACGAUGGUGCUGCCAUGCUUACUUUUGAAGCACUUUCCGAGACAUCUGAGUUUGCUCGAAAAUGGGUUCCCUUCAGCAAGAAAUUCAAUAUUGAACCGCGUGCCCCUGAAUGGUAUUUCUCUCAGAAGAUAGACUAUUUGAAGAAUAAAGUCCAUCCUUCGUUUGUUAGAGAAAGGCGUGCAAUGAAGAGAGAAUAUGAGGAGUUCAAAGUUCGGAUUAACCGUUUGGUGGCCAUGGCUGAGAAGGUUCCUGAUGAUGGUUGGACUAUGCAGGAUGGGACACCCUGGCCGGGCAAUAAUGUCCGGGACCAUCCUGGUAUGAUUCAGGUAUUCCUUGGUCAUGAAGGCCUUCAUGAUAAUGAAGGGAAUGUGCUUCCUCGUCUGGUAUAUGUUUCACGUGAGAAGAGACCCGGCUUUGAGCAUCACAAGAAAGCUGGUGCUAUGAAUUCACUGAUACGGGUUUCAGCAGUUCUGUCGAAUGCUCCUUAUCUUCUAAAUGUGGACUGCGAUCACUACAUUAACAAUAGCAAGGCGUUGAGAGAAGCUAUGUGUUUCCUGAUGGAUCCCACCUCCGGAAAGAAAGUAUGCUAUGUGCAGUUUCCACAAAGAUUUGACGGGAUCGAUCGCCAUGACAGAUAUUCCAAUCGCAAUGUCGUGUUUUUUGAUAUCAAUAUGAAAGGAUUGGAUGGUCUUCAAGGACCUAUAUACGUUGGAACCGGGUGUGUCUUCAGAAGGCAAGCGUUAUAUGGAUUCGAUGCUCCUACUAAAAAGAAGGCACCUAGCAAGACGUGUAACUGCUGGCCCAAGUGGUGUUGUUUGUGCUGUGGUUCGAGGAAGAGCAAGAAGGGGAAAUCGAGGAAAGCGAAGAGAGGUAAGAAGUCGAAGCACAAAGAGGCAUCGAAACAAGUACAUGCUCUUGAAACCAUCGAAGAAGGAAUUGAAGAAAUAAAUACUAUUGAUCGACCUUUCAUCUCCCAAGAGAAACUUGAGAAGAAGUUUGGUCAAUCACCUGUUUUUGUGGCUUCAACGCUUCUUGAAAACGGUGGGAUGCCGAAUUCCAUUAGUUCAACAUCUCUCUUGAAGGAAGCUAUCCAUGUUAUCAGCUGCGGUUAUGAAGAUAAAACGGAAUGGGGAAAAGAGGUGGGCUGGAUAUACGGGUCAGUCACCGAAGAUAUCUUGACGGGGUUCAAGAUGCAUUGCCAUGGCUGGCGUUCCGUUUACUGUAUGCCAAAGAGGCCUGCAUUCAAGGGAUCUGCUCCUAUCAACCUUUCGGAUCGUCUUCACCAGGUUCUUCGAUGGGCUCUUGGUUCAGUUGAGAUUUUCCUAAGCAAACACUGCCCGAUUUGGUAUGGAUAUGGCGGAGGAUUGAAGUGGUUGGAACGAUUUUCGUACAUAAAUUCCGUUGUGUAUCCGUGGACUUCUAUUCCUUUGCUCGUUUACUGCACAUUGCCAGCUAUCUGCCUUCUUACCGGGAAAUUCAUCGUCCCUGAGAUCAGUAACUAUGCCGGCAUCAUAUUCAUUGCCCUUUUCAUCACCAUUGCUGUGACCGGUAUCCUCGAAAUGCAAUGGGGAGGUGUUGGCCUCGACGAUUGGUGGAGAAACGAGCAGUUCUGGGUGAUCGGAGGCGUUUCCUCCCAUCUCUUCGCCCUCUUUCAAGGGCUCCUCAAGGUCUUGGCCGGCGUGAGCACGAACUUCACCGUCACCUCGAAAGGAGGCGACGAAGACGGAGGAUUCGCGGAGCUCUACCUCUUCAAGUGGACGUCGCUGCUGAUCCCGCCCACGACUCUCCUGAUCAUCAACAUCGUCGGCGUCGUAGUGGGAGUCGCGGACGCCGUCAACAACGGGUAUGACUCGUGGGGCCCGCUCUUCGGCCGUCUCUUCUUCGCCAUAUGGGUCAUCAUGCACCUCUAUCCCUUCCUCAAAGGGUUGAUGGGGAAGCAAGAGGGCGUCCCGACCGUGAUCAUCAUAUGGUCAAUCCUGCUCUCGUCGAUACUAACCCUCGUGUGGGUCCGGAUAAACCCGUUUGUCUCGAGGGAUGGCCCUGUCCUUGAGAUCUGCGGGCUCAACUGUGACGACUGAGGGCCGUGGUGCCCAGCCCUCGACUCUUUGCAAGACGCAAGGACAGCUCUUCGUUGCUGAGAAUCGAUGUUUCCUUGUGCAGCCAGACGCAUAUCCUGGUACGUUUUUUGCCCCAUCCCGAUCGGUUUCCGAUGUACCUGAGGUAGAAUAAGGAGCGUACUCUCUUGCUCAGUGAGUUUUAGAUUGUAUAGAUGUUAAGAAGUAGCAAAUGAUUGAUUGAUAGAUACUUGUUUCUAUGGUUUCAUUCAUUCUUUUGUGUUUUGUUCAUCUGAGUAAUGGCCCUUAAAGGGUUGUAGAUGUAACUGACAAAAUAGGAUUAUUUAUGGAUAAAUAUUAUUCUUAUUUUUUUAUGUGGUUAAAAAUAUUUGUAAA